UUUAGCUCGUGUCCGUGUUUCUGUUAGGCACUGAAAAUAAAGCGACACCGUAAAGCAGGAGCAAUUUGGUGUCAGAAGAACGGAAGCAGCGAUUUUUAAACAUUAUAAUUGAAAAAUGGAGGACCAGGAAAUGCAACUUAAAGUGAAAAGAGUAACGGAUAAAUUCACCGAGAGCAUGUACGUCCUGGCGAAUGAGCCAUCGGUAGCGCUCUAUAGAUUACAGGAGCACGUAAGGAGGUCUCUGCCCCAACUCGCCCAGCACAAGACAGAUAUGCAGAGCUGGGAGGAGCAAAGUCAGGGUGCUAUCUACUCUGUGGAGUAUGCUUGCAGUGCUGUGAAAAGCAUGACCAACAGCAUCUUGUACUUCAAGAGCAUUGAGGCGCUGCUCCGACAGACCAUCCACCUCAAGGACCAGAUGAGUGCUUCUCAGGGACGCAGAAAAAGACCUGCAGAUCCUGGUUCGCAGAAGGAUGGCAGAGAGAGGCAAAGUUCUGGACUGUGCUGAGAUGCCACUAGAGCCUGGGUUCCUUACAGAAGAAACUCCAGAAACCCGACCCAGGACCUGCUGCUACACCUGACCAAACAACUCUUGCUUUCCUUAUUCUGUAACCACCUGGCUCCGCUUGAGACGGCUCAGAAAGGAAAACCAGCGAAUUUGAUGCUGCCAGGUUCUUGCACUGACGAUUUUAAUAUGUGUUACUGAAGAAAGGAAGUGUUGUUCAAACUUCUGUGUGUGAGUCCAAGGAAAUGUAAUCUUCGAUUGGUUACAAAGCUGUAACGAGGGAUUCUUUAAGAUGCAGUCGGACCUUGUCCUGACCCCAGCUGUACAGCGCUGCUAUACAUGUGGCAGCCCUGCUAUGGAGAUGAAAUCAUAGGGAUAUUAGACAGGGACUGCACAGAAAGGUCAGCUUUCACCUGGAGGCUGCAGAACAAGGUUUAGUCUCCCAUAAGGUUUUAAAAUAUGUUCUAUUGGUGUUUCUCGUCAAAUGUUCUCAGUAUAACGAAAAUGUAAUUUUGCGUCACAGUUAACUCUCUUGCCCUUGCACUUUAUAUAACGGUCUUGUUUGAAUCACUGCUGCCUGAAGCAAAGUAUCUUGUCUUGCAUGAAAUCGGCUUAAAGCUCCAGUUUGUGUCAAAGCAUCUGAACUCUCUUGAGUAGUAACCCUUUACUGUCCUGUAACACCUGUAAGUCGCCUUGUAUAAAGGCGUCUGACAAAUAACUAAUAAUAGUACUUAUAGUGCUUACACUAGCACACACAGCUUCAGCUGGGAUAUGGAUAUUUGAAUCACUGUGUACUUUUUAGAAAUUAAAUAAACUGUACAAAAUAAAAA